AUGGACAAAUAGCUUAAUCAAGGAACCAUGAAAACAUAACUGAAGGGAAGCUAAAACAGUAUGUUUAGAGAAAUUAUGAUCGAGGAAAGCAAUGCACAGCGAGUCAAUGCCCCAGUACUUAAAAUAUUAUUAAUAUCAGAUUUGCGCAGAUGUUCAUGGUCAAUUCUUUGAUUUAAUGAAAUACUUUAAAGUAGGAGGGGAUUGCCCAGAUAAUACUAUUUAUUCUUUGGCGACUUAGUUAAUAGAGGAUUUAACACCGUAGAAAAAAUUUAUUAUUAUUAGCUUUGAAAGUGAGUUAUGCAGACAUUAUAAAAUUGUAAAAUGAUCAUUCUAUCUAGAAUACAAGGAAAUCACGAAUCUAUAUAAAUUACUUAAGUAUAUGGCUUCUAUGGU